CCCCUCACACACAACCUGUGCACGCGCCGUGGUGGGGCGCGUGGUGGGGCGUGUGCAGGAACUCCUGUGGACGUGGUCUUUCUGCAAGAGGUUGUGAUUCCCUUCUUCAUCCACCUGGUCAACUGUGACAAGGAGGACGACUACUCCAUCAUCCCUGCGGACACCGAGGGCUACUUCGCCGCCGUGAUGCUGAAGAGCUCUCGCGUGAGGUUCAUCUCCCACGAGGUCUUCCCCUUCCCCACCUCCACGAUGAUGCGGCACCUCCUGGCCGUCAAAGCGGAGGUGUCGGGCCGGGAGCUGUAUCUGCUGACGUCACAUCUGGAGAGCACGGGGCCCAAGUCCGAGGAGCGCGUGCGGCAGCUGCGCCGGGUGCUACGCCGCAUGGCGCUCGCGCCCGCCCACGCCGCCGUCAUCUUCGGGGGCGACACGAACCUGCGGGACAAGGAGGUGCGGCGGAUGGGCGGGCUGCCCGGCGGCGUGGCCGAUGUGUGGGAGGAGCUGGGCUGCCCCGAGGAGACGCGCUACACCUGGGACCUCUCCCUGAACGACAACCGCCAGUUCGAUCCUCCCGCCACGCCGCGCCUGCGCUUCGACCGCAUUCUCUUCCGCCGGGUCGAGCCCCGGCGCUCAUCCGCCGGCUCCGCCGUGGCCACGUUCGCGCCGCUGUCCCUGCGCUUCGUGGGCACCGAGCGGCUGGCGUGCGGGAAGUUCCCCAGCGACCACUGGGGGCUGCUGGCGCACUUCCAGCUGCGGGCGGAGCGGGCGGAGCGGGACGAGGCGGAGGAGCGGGACGAGGCGGGCCUCGACGACGCCGCCGUCCCCCUCCAGGCGUUGGACGUUUCAGGGGAAUAGUGGCUCACGUGGAGGCCUUCACCUGGCUCCACGUGGAGGACUCCACCUGGCUCCACGUGGAGGACUCCACCUGGCUCCACGUGGAGGACUCCACCUGGCUCCACGUGGAGGCUUUCACCUGGCUCCACGUGGAGGGCUCCACCUGGCUCCACGUGGAGGACUCCACCUGGCUCCACGUGGAGGACUCCACCUGGCUCCACGUGGAGGACUCCACCUGGCUCCACGUGGAGGCCUUCACCUGGCUCCACGUGGAGGACUGCACGAAACGAAUCCCACAAUACAGAAUGCAUAAAUUAUCAACUCCGUGACGAUUGCCCGUGUCACAGUGCAUACC